GAGAAAUCACUUGUAUCCCCCUCCCCAAGGUCAAUAUUUUAUACUAACAACAACAUCAAGUAGUCUUGCUUCACCCUCCAUGUCUUCCACCACGGACAAUGUUCCUCCGUCUGGCUUUAUGCCGCGCUUAAGGCUCUCGGCCAGGUUGGAGGAUUACAUUGGCGUAGGUCAGAAAGCUCAGUCCGCACUAUCCCGCUACAUGAGAUUUCUUUGGGCGGGCUUGCGUCGGGGUCAUGUGGGUUUACUUUUCGGCCGCGCCAACCGCGAGCUUCACGACCAGGCGUUUGCGGAUUGGUACUCGUCAGCCAGCCACAACAUCGCCCAGUUCGAGGCCACAACCGCCGUCCCCGGCCUCGUCGCCUCCGCCCACGGCAUCGUGCUCGACCUCGGCCCCGGGGCCGGCAUCCAGCUCCCGCACUUCGACGCGUCCAAGGUCGAGCACAUCUACGGCGUCGAGCCCAACACGAGCUUCAGGCGCGCCUUUCUCGACCGGCUCCAGACGUCCAAAGUCGGGCUGGACGGCAAGUAUACGCUCAUUCCGUGUGGGAUCGAGGACAGAGAGGUGCUGGCGCGGUAUGGGCUGGGGGAGGGGAGUGUUGAUUGUGUGCUCAGCGCGCAA